AUGGCCCCAGGGCAGGUCCACAUGGCGGCUCCUGUUUGCCUAAUUGAGAACAUGCCGGACGGGAAGCUGGUGGUGAACCGGGAGGCUGCAGAGGUGCUUGCCAGGAUCCGCCAGCCAGUGGUGGUGGUGGCCAUUGCAGGGUUGUACCGCACUGGCAAGUCCUAUCUCAUGAACAGGCUUGCCGGCAAGAGAAAAGGUGACUGGCUUCAUGAAUAAUCCCCGUUAUUCAAGGGAAGGGCUGGAGUCUAGUAGCUUUGCAUGAGGCCUCUUUGGAGCAGGGGCAGACUUCAAUAAUAUUUUGGCCUCCCUGAGCGAGGCUAAAAUUUGGCGCCCCAAAACAGAUCUUCUCAAUUAUGGAGCUUCACAAUUUUGCACCCCUUCGGUUCAUUGCCCUGUGCAGGGGAACCACUUUCACCACCCUUAAUCCAGCACUGUUUGGAGCAAAGCAAGGACGUCUGCUACAGCUGGAAUCGGCUUUCAGGGCCCCUGGGUUUUCUGCCUAGCCUAGGGAGAAGCAUAGAGACAGAGGAGUAAUGGCUGUCGUGGAAUAUUUAUAUAGACUUAUCAAUGUGCAUGGUGCAUUUCAGAUAAAAUCGUCAGUAGGUCCCUGCCCUGGGGAGCUUCCAGUCUAAAUUUCAACAGGCGAGAGUAAUAAGGAGCAUCAAUAUAAGUAAAUGGGGUUACACACACUUGGCUUCUUUCCCAACAUAUCUACUUUGUUUCUUGUGGGAUACAUAUUCUGGGUUUAAGCCAAAAUAGCCUAGGGAGUAAAGUGAUCUUGCAGCCUGAUCCUCAGAAGUGAGCCUCGUUGGGUUCAAUGAGGCUAAAUCCCAGGGAACUGUGCAAAGGAUCAAAGCCUUGGGAGCUCUCAUUUUCUUGAUGGGAAUCAUUGUCUGCUCCUUCCUCAGGUUUCUGUCUGGGUACCACAGUGCAGGCGCAGACCAAGGGAAUAUGGAUGUGGUGCCUCCCUCAUCCCAAGAGGCCUGACUUCACCCUGGUGUUACUGGACACAGAAGGGUUGGGUGAUGUGCAGAAGGUGAGCUGGGGGAGAUGGCAGCUGGGGGGGGGGCUGUGGAGGACUAGCACUUUCAAAAGAGCCUCGUGACAAAAUACAUUGAGCUGGUGGCCAGCAGUGGGGGAUGAUAUCUAAGUGAAUUAUCUGACAUCCCUGUGUCACACGUUUGGGAAUGUCUUUGUAUCUCAGAAACAGCCGUACCUGGAAGUCAAAUGGAAUCCUGCACCCAAUCGGAAGCUGCGGUCGCCACGCCGGACGUUUGGCUUCCGAAAAUAAUUAAAAAACCAGAACAAUCACUUCCGGUUUUCAAUCGUUCGGGAACUGAAACUUUUGAGUUUACAGGUGUUCAGCUUCCAAGGUUCCACUGUAGUAGGAAAAAGUAAGAUUCUGGAGGGGAAAAAAUCUUUUAAAACCCUAUGGCUAAUCUUUAUUAAAAUGUAGAAACUAGAGAGGUCUUGGUGCAGGUGGUCAGUGGAUGGGACACUGAUGGAAGCCCACAAUAUUAUAUUAUUAUUUCAACCUUCAGAACAUUUUAUGUAUGAAUGCAUAAAAACAGAGGCAAUCAAGGGAGCUUUCAAAAUGAAUAAGGACACGAUAUCACUGUUAAUCAAGAAAUAUGAUCAAAUCUGUAAAAAAUAUAUAAUUUUGACAGUCAAUACAUCGAAUUAACACCUGAAAGAGCCAAGAUUAAGAACAGAAAAGUAGCAGAUAAAUUAGAAGCUGCUGCAGAAGAAGAUUUAUCAGGUGACAGUAAAGGGGGCAGAAUAACCAAACUUCUGUGAGUUCAGCAUUAGUCCCAUAGGAGAAAGGUCCCUUUCUUACUUCAUUGCUAGUGAAACAUGGGAAGGUAAAGGGUCUGCUCUUGCUUUCCGGGCCACCUAAAUAGGACCCAUGUCUCUGUGUAUGUGUGUGAGAGAGAAUCAGACAGGAUGCUGCACAGAGAGAAAGCACUAUGCCAGAGGUUUUCAACCUUUCUGAGUCCACAGCAACCUUGACCAAGUACAUUAUUUCUGUGGCACCCUAGUGGGGCUCAGGAGCCCAGUUAUGUCAUCCCUUGGCCUGCAGAACUGGCAGCCCCACACCCCUUUUCAAACACCCUCCCUUGUAGGAACACCCUCCUUCAGCCUAUCUCUUCUGUCUCCUUGGGAGUCCUCUGGGCAGCUGCCGCCCCUGGUCUCUGAGUUGCCCCCUGUCCUCACACUGCCCCACAGGAGCCUGGGAAGGACCCCAUGGCCAGUCCCAGAGGCACCAUUCGCCUGGGGAGCUUGUAGCCAGGGCUGCUGCAACAAGCAGAUGUGCAAGCCUUUAGGAGGCAGAGAAACAAGAGGGCAUCAGAGGAGGGAGGGAAGGAAAGAGGGACAGAGGUCAGUGUUGCCCGCAGCACCCCAUCAUUCAAGGUUGAAAACCACUGCACUAUGCAACCCUGUCAUGCUGGAAAAUUUUGCCAGUACAGUGGUACCUUGGUUUACAACCAUAAUCCGUUUUGCAGGUCUGUUUGUAAACUAAAACAGGUUGUAAUCCAAGGUGCACUUUUGCGAAUGGGGCCUCCCCCCCCCAAAAUUGUUCGUAAUCCGGAAAAAAAACCACGGGUUGUAAUCCAAAAAAAGGUUGCAAACCGGAACACGCAUUUCCGGGUUUGACGUGUUUGUAAUUCAAAACGUAUGCAAACCAAGACGUAUGCAAACCAAGGUACCAUUGUAUCUACUUUGGGGUCUAGCUCUGUGCCCUUUUGACAACUUCCCCCAAUUGAUUUUUGCUGUGGGUCAGCAGUUCUUCAUAGUCAAAAAGGUUCCUUACACUUACCUUAGGGGCUAGAAGCUGGCUUCGACAUUUAAAGUAAAAAUGUGCUUGAUUCCUGUGCCCAGUACCAAAUUCUGAUACAAGCCCACUUUGUGGGCUGUGUGCAGGGUUGAGUGGCACGAUAUACACAGUAAUAUAAAAUAAAUAAAUAUGCUUUAGCUCUUCCUGGGGCACAUGCCCACAAUUGUGAAAUGCGCACAACUGCUAAGCACCACAAGCCUUCCAAACGCAGUCUGAACAACUGCGAGCAAGUCACGGUUUGCAUUCAUUUUAGACAACGACUUCGCCUAGUGCAACAGAAGCAACAACUCAAAUCUCAAAGCAGCUGCUUUGCACAUGCAGGUCCCAGAGGAAAAAGCUGCAGAUAAGAAUGGGGCAUCAGGAUUUUGGGUAUCAGAGGCUUGGGAUGAGAAGUCUUAAAAAAAAUAUAUGGCUGUAUCUGUUUCAGGGAGGCAUAGAGAAUGAUUCAUGGGUCUUUGCCCUGGCCAUUCUUCUCAGCAGCACCCUGGUGUAUAACAGCAUGGGCACCAUUGACGAAACGGCCGUGGAGAAGCUCCAGUAUCCUUUUGGGGGCACCAUCAGUUCCAACCAGCCCCACAACAUUGGGAAGGCAGAACCACGUGGCAGCUGGAUGUCUGUGUAGGACAGCACUUCCUGGGGGGAGAAAGCUUUUGGUGUAGUCGCAAGUGGAGCAAACCUUCCCUUUCCAGGUCUGCCUUGGAACACAAAGUGCUGGUGGAGUGCGGGGUGGGGGGGCAAGGAAACAUGCAGGGCAUGUAGCUGAUGGGGGUGGGGCAGGCAGCCUGCCAGGGAUCAGGUGAGCAGGUCACUGGGGCAGAGCAGGGAUGGGGAGCCUGUGGUCUUCCAGGUGUUGGUGGACUCCAACUCCCAUCAGCCCCAGGAUGGGAGUUGUUUGCUCAGCCACAUCUGGAGGGCCAAAUGUCCACCCAUCCCUGGGUUUGUGCUUUCGGAAUGAAUAGAUGAGGGUCAGACCACCCAUGAACUCAACUGGAUAGUUGAGUAUAGGGUCCUCAUUCUCCACAAAAAAACCCCACCACAAGCACCUGCCUGGUGUCCCAAUCCAGAACAGGACUUCAGUACGGAGGAGCCAAGGGCUUUAACCGGUUACCCCUGCUGUGGUCCUGAUUCAGAUUGGAUCAGGAUCUGGGUGCGAAAAGCCUGGAAAAGAGGAGACCGAGAGGAGAUACUAAAGCCAUCUUCAGAUCUCUCAAGGGCUGUCACACGGAAGAGGGGACAACCUUGUUUUCUCCGGCUCCAGAGGCUAGGACCCGAACCAGUGGAUUCAGGUUACAAGAAAGGAGAUUCCGACUUAACAUCAGGAAGAACUUUCUGUCUGUCAGAGCUCUUUGACAGUGGAACGGUCUCCCUCACGAGGUUGUAGACUCUCCUUCCUUGGAUGUUUUUAAGCAUCUGUCAUGCAUUUAGCUGAGUUUCCUGCAUUGCAGGGGGUUGGACUAGAUGACCCUUGGGGUCCCUCCCAGCUCAAUGAUUCUAUGAUUCUAUGGCAUAUCACAAUUUGCAUGGCAAAAAGGCACCAUUGAAAUGACUUGGAUCUUUGCCCCACUUUAUUUUGCAGUGCUUAUUGCAGGUAUGAGGCUCCUGGUCAAGACUGGGAUUGCAGGGAGAGCAAAGGGUUAAAUGUCUCCUGUCCCAGGAUCCUGAUCUGUAUCUCUCACACUGCACUGACAAUUUGUGUGUGAGUGGCACACCUUGCAUUAAAUGGCAGGGCUACAGAGUUAAGGUCAUGUAGUUUCACCUUCAGCUGCAGUUCCUGUUGGGAACUCCCUGAAGUGUGCUUCACUGGCAGGCAGCUAAAUAAGGGCAUCUAGGAACCCUGGAAGCAAGCAGGAAUGGGAAUGGGCCCUAAUGUGUAAAGCAAGAUAUGCCAGGAGGGGUUAGGGCCAGGUUCAGCCGUAAAGCCUUGCCCAGCCCACUACUGUGUGCCCACAGUGAGGAAAUCACAGGUAGAGACACAAACCGUUCCAGCCAAUGCAUGACUUGGGAGAAGUUCAGAUUGCAAACCCCCAUGAUAACCUUGCAGUCCUUUUCCUUAGCAAGCCCCAGCUAUGUUACUGAGCUGACAAAAGCAAUCAGAGCAAAAUAUCCCUCCGGGGAUGGCCAAGAAGAGGAGAAUUUCACCGAAUUUGGCCGAUUCUUCCCAGACUUCAUCUGGGCCUUGCGGGAUUUCACACUGCAGCUGCAGCUAAACGGACGCCCUAUCAGUGCAGACAAGUACCUGGAGAAUGCCUUGAGAUUUCUGCAAGGUGCGGUAGCCGAAACCAAAUGCAACAUCAGGACAGAUCCUUCCUUGACCCUUCUUGUUUCCACUUACCUCCUUCUAAUUGAUUUGAGUUUUCUGUUCAGCAGGGAGAUUUUGUUUUAUUUUGAAAGGUGUUCUGGGCAUCACUACCUGCUGAUGACAGAGUAUGCUUGCCGGGGUUGCUGGGAUUAGUAGUUCUGCAACAUCUGGAAGGCCACAGAUCCCCUACACCUGGAUUAGAGAAACCAAAUGACACCUGCAGACUGUCACUGUUUUGCAAGAGGUGCAUUCUGGAACUUUAGGUCGGCACAAUACUAACAAAGAACUGCACCGCCCCCCAUACCUACACCCCUUCUUCGUCUUUUCUCCUAGGUGAUGCUGAGCACAUCCAGAAGCACAACAUGGUCAGAUCAUGCAUCCACAGUUUCUUUCCUUCACGGAAAUGUUUCAUAUUUGACCGUCCAACUAACAGGAAGAAGUUGCAUCUGCUGGAGGAACUGAAAGAAGAGGAUUUGGAGGAAGAUUUCUUGGUACCAGUGGCUCAUUUCUGCCAACACAUCUGGGAGACAUCGCGACCCAAGAUGAUCCCAGGAGACCGAGUUGUGACUGGAACGAGUAAGGAAGCUCCAGCAAAAUUGUAGGCUUGGGGGAUGGAGGAAGCUUUCUUUCAUUGAAGCCAUAAGGAGCAGUGUAUUGACUGUGCUGCAAUGUCACAGAGGUCUUAAUUUGUGCUCUUCAACCCUUUCGUGUUGGUCAAUUACCUGUAUUGCACUUUGAAUCAAGCCCAAUAUAGCUUUGCCCAGCUUUGUUAUGGUAUCAAUAACAGCUGUCAAACUGGUGGUGGAGGGACCCUUUGUCACCAGAGCAACAUGAAGGUGUAAUGAGCUGUUGGCCUGACCAUUGUAGAUGGCUGAAGUUAGCAGUCCAGCAGGCAUCAGGUGCAUAGCUGUCAACCGCCCCUUAUUUGGUGGGAAAGUCCCUUAUCCCAGCGCUGUGUCCCGCUGCUGUUCCUUAUUGAUGAUGUCCCUUGAAUUUCCUGGGUUUCAAAGGAAGCAGCUCCUCUCCCUUCCUUCCUGCCGGCCAGAGAGGAGGGAGGCUCCAACUGUGUUGCUUGGCUGCGUUGCUCACCCAAUAAGGAGUCUAAGAAUGACUGGAGGGUGGAGCUUGCAUGCCUUGUGCCGAUCAAAUCGGCCGCGUUGCCUGGGGACUCUCCUUUGCUCAGCGCUUCCCAGCGGAGAGGUGAGGGUGGUUUUCCUUGCUGCAUCCCCUUUGCCGGGUUGCUGUGCUGUGGGAACCACUGCUUGAGGCUUCGUUUGGCUGCUGGCUGGGCUUUCUGCCUUUGGCUCGGAGGGGCUCAGAAGUUGAACAUACCUGUGCUUGGAAAAUCCCUUAUUUUGGCUGCUGAUCCCUUAUUUGCGAGGCUGCUGGUCCCUUAUUUUCAAAUCUGUAAGUUGACAGCUAUGAUCAGAUAACAUCAAAAACCAAUGGGGUUCCCCCCUCCAACCAUAUGAAGUUGCUGAUUCUGCCUUGGCCCACUUGAUUGCCUGCUGAAAGCACCUUUGCCAGCAGGUGAAAAAGAGUGGAGAGAUGAGAAACAAAGGAAAGUUGAAAUGGACAGAUUCGCUAAUCCCAAAUGAUGAGUUGUUUUGUUAUACUGUUGCCUUGUCAUUUGGAAAUGGUCAGUCUGCUGCAGCACCCUCUAACCUGCUCUUUGUUCCUAGGGCAGGGGUGGGGAAUCUGUGGCCCCCCCAAAUCCUCAGUCAGCAUGGCCAAUGGCCAAGCGUGAUGGAGUUUCAGUCCAGCAACACCUGGAGGGUCACAGGUUCCCCAUUCUGCAACAAGAACACGCAAAUUCUGUUGCAUAAAUUAUGCAAAUCAAAUGAAUUGGUUUGUUUUUCAUUAUUUAUUCUGCUUUCAGUUUAGGUUUUAAAUUUUUUUUAAGAGUUUCAAUUUUAAGGGAGGCACAAAGGGCAAGAACCAGAGUCCAGCACAGAGGGAUCAAAUUAGGACUGAGAUUUAUAGGGGACGGGGAUUAGAGCAGAGCAAAGUAACUAUGAGAGAUGGUGAUUGAAUGGUGGUCCUCAUCCCCCUCUGCUUUUUCACAUCUUCAAGCUCUUAUUUGUAGCUAGGAAGGCUAAAGCCCUUCUUCUGAAAACGAAUGGGAUUACUUCAUACUACGUUAGGUGCAAGAUCCUGAUCCUGUUCUUGCAUGACACAAGAGAUACAGAAUACUUGGUCCUCACUCUCUUGAUGAUGUGGGCGGACACUUCAAGGCAGUUUGGGUCUGCAAAUUCUUUCUCAACGUAAGGCGGUUAAUCAAGCCGUGCAUUCCACGUCUAUUACCUCUGAUUCUUUGACUUCAACAAUCUUUCCCUUUUCAGUGCUCGCAAGCCUGGCAAAGACCUAUGUCAAUGCCAUCAACAGUGGGGACGUGCCCUGCUUGCAAAACGCAGUGCUGGCCUUGUCCCAGAUCGAGAAUUCGGCUGCUGUGCAUGACGCCAUUUCCUGUUAUGAAGAACGGAUGCAGCAGCUGCUGCAGCUGCCGACUGACACUCUUGAAGAGCUGCUGAGGGCACAUGCCAAGUGUGAGAGGGAGGCCAUUGACAUCUUCAUAGCCCGUGCCUUUGGGGACAACGUUAAACAAUUUCAAGAGGAGCUUGAGGUGUGUUCUCUUUAGUGCCUUGUCAGCUGCCUGCACUUUAGCCCAUGCCCAUUUAUUUAUUUAAUAUGCUUAUACAUCACUUUUGGUCACACACGACCUCGAAACAGUUUACAUAAAAAUUAAGCGUUAUCAUUAAAAAUCACAACAGAAGAUCAGUGACACAAACAGUAAAACCACAAAAAUCGGUGCUAUAAAACAAAUGUUUAAUGUUUUACUGUGACUUCGUAAUUGUUGGAAGUUGCCCAGAAGUGGUUACUGUAGAUGGGUGGCAUAUAAGUAAAAAAUUAUUAUUUAUUGCAGUUGCAGACAGUUCCCACAUUUUGGGGGGUGUGUGUGUCUUGACAUAACUAUUUCAAUUAAGUCAAUCUCACACUGAUUGACUUUUGUAAUGGAAACAACAACAGGACCCCUCCCAUCUGACCAGGUUUCCCCGACCACUCUGGGUAGCUUCUAACAAAUAUAAAAACGUAUUAGUAUGUGGCCUUACUAUGUCUUCCCAUUGUAUAGUACACUGGGGAGGAAACUUUUCAUCAUUGCUAACGUGUUAUCUUUCUGCUGCUUUGUUCUGUUUUCGUCCGGUAGAAUAAGUUGAAUCAGAAAAAGAAGGCAUUCUGCAAAAGAAAUGAGAAGGUGUCUUUGGACUACUGCCGUGAUGUGCUGCGCUUUCUUUCCUGGGACCUGGUAUAUGAGAUCCAGGAGGGGAUUUACGCAGUGCCUGAAGGCUAUAAGCACUUCCUUGCCAAGAUGAACAAAAUAAAGGAGAACUACGAUGCAUUUGAUGGAAAAGGGGUUCAGGUAGGACAGGAGGAGAAGCACUUCUGUGACACUCAGAGGGUGGGGAUCCUGUUGCUGACUGAGGGCAGACUUACAGUGCAAUCUAAUGCAUGAUUACUUGGGAGUAUGUCCCACUGAAUUCACCAGUUGGGGGUAAAGAUGCAAAGGUACUAAACUGGUUGAAGAGGAAUCCUCUCAUUGCAGGAUUGAUAGCAAUCACAAAUGUGUCUGAAAAUUGUCCCCUUUUUAGUGAGGGAUGCGGGUGGCGCUGUGGGUUAAACCACAGAGCCUAGGGCUUGUUGAUCAGAAGGUCGGCGGUUAGAAUCCCUGUGACGCGGUGAGCUCCCGUUGCUUGGUCCCAGCUCCUGCCCACCUAGCAGUUCGAAAGCACGUCAAAGUGCAAGUAGAUAAAUAGGUACCGCUCCGGCGGGAAGGUAAACGGUGUUUCCGUGCGCUGCUCUGGUUCGCCAGAAGAGGCUGAGUCAUGCUGGCCACAUGACCCGGAAGCUGUACGCCGGCUCCCUCGGCCAAUAAAGCGAGAUGAGCGCCGCAACCCCAGAGUCGGCCAUAACUGGACCUAAUGGUUAGGGGUCCUUUAGUGAGUUUUACAAGUACUCUGAAACAUUUUUAAUGCCGAUCCACAUUUUAUUUACUUUUUUCAAUUAUUAUUGUUAGGAUCGUCCUACUCGUGUGUAGGACCCUGGCAGAGACACUUGCCCAACUGGCAUGUUCUCUCCCUCCUGGUCGAUCAUUCGGGAGCUUCAAAAGCUUUCUUCAGCAAGAACAUCACAGCGACUGAUACCAAGAAGCAUCAGCGCACUCAGGGAUCCUGCAGAGUAUUUGCAGUUUGCGUAACAGAACUCAGUAGCACAGCAUUUUGGCUAAUCUACUUCAUUUACAUAUAAUACACUCGGAGCAUUCUGCUUUAGCUCCUUCCUCUUUCUCAUCAGACAGCAAAGAGAAAGAACAAAGGACACUUCACGGAACACAGUAAUACCAAAACAUCCUAUCUCCGUCACUUCCCACACUGUGGAAUGAAAACAUACACUGUCAUGUAAUAGACAACAAUCUCAUGACUGCAAACACAGGGCAAGAAUCCUAACAGUUAUAUCACUGGUGGUUUUUUUUUUUUACUGUUCUUUUCUGGCUCAUUUUAAGGGAUAUAUUUGUUUUUAGUUGUGAUGAUUUCUCUCCGUUACCUUGUGAGGACUUCUGUUCUAAAAGGCUGGAUAUAUAUCUUUCAAUGAGUAAACAACAUCAGUUUCUCAGCGUGUCAAUAAACUACUCGCUUACUUCAUAUACUACCUUUGGGUCUUUAAUCCCAACAGGACAGCAUAUUCAGUUUCCUCAUCUUUUGGCAAAAUUAAUAACAUUUGCUCCCAAUGUAUUAUCAGGCAGACAGAGCUCUUGAAGAAUUCCUGAAAUCCAAGGAGACGGUGGCAAAAUCUAUCCUUCACAUGGACGAUGCCUUGAGUGACAAAGAGAAAGAAAUUGAAGGUACAGAUUUGGGCAAACAGAAGCACUAUAUUAUAAUUUAUGAAUGCCACAGAUUAAAUGCCACUGUAAGUGUGGGGACACCACAGAUUUUAAUUGGUAUCUAGAAGAUAACAGCAUGGUGAUGUUCUAAAGCAGGGUUUCCCUGCUGCUUUUGGACUACAACUCCCAUCAUCCCUAGUUAGCAGGACCAGUGGUUACAAUUAUGGGAAUUGUAGUCCAGAACCAGCUGGAAACCCAAGUUUGGGACCCUGUUCAAAAGUCCAGAUUAGGGUUUCCCCAAACCCUGAGUUCACUGACACCUUGAUGAGUUUAUAAAGUUGUAAUUGACUGCUUCUUAGGAAUGUAAAUGAGGGGAAAGUGCAGUGUGGGUGUCAGAUGCUGAUGAUGGUUGCUCGUGUCUAACCAGGCAGGACACCAACCUAUCUUUUACAGGUUUUAUUGUGCAAACUAUUUACAGUGCAGAUGUACAAAGUUCAUGUCUGUCUUAGUCACUUGCAGAAUCCGGGAACGGCCCCUUCCGGCUUCUCCCCCAACGUAAGAACUUUGGCACCCCAAGCCUCCUCCUGCCCUCCUUGCCUUUCACCCCUCUGCACAGGCUGAGCGAUGGAAGUGGUGUGUGUCCCUCCUGGCCAGCCUGGCGAGGUGAGGAGCUGGGGCUCUCAGCAGCACCCUUUCCUCGCUUGGCUGGCCCCUUCCCUCUCUUCUCUACUGGAGGUGUGGCUUUUCCCACCACUGGAAGAGGAACUGCUCCUCAGGAGCUUCGGAGGCUCUCUGUAUCCCAACAGCCGCCCUGCCUCCCUCCCCUGUUCCGAUGGCAGUCCCCUGACAGUGGGGAUUAUUUCUUCGAUGCUGCAAAAACAAUUAUUUAAAAAGUGAAACACUGCGCCUAUGCACCAUAGAAUCAUAGAGUUGGAAGAGACCACAAGGGCCAUCGGGUCCAACCCCCUGCCAAGCAGGAAACACCAUCAGAGCACUCCUGACAUAUGGUUGUCAAGCCUCUGCUUAAAGACCUCCAAAGAAGGAGACUCCACCACACUCCUUGGCAGCAAAUUCCACUGUCGAACAGCUCUUACUGUCAGGAAGUUCUUCCUAAUGUUUAGGUGGAAUCUUCUUUCUUGUAGUUUGGAUCCAUUGCUCCGUGUCCGCUUCUCUGGAGCAGCAGAAAACAACCUUUCUCCCUCCUCUAUGUGACAUCCUUUUAUAUAUUUGAACAUGGCUAUCAUAUCACCCCUUAACCUCCUCUUCUCCAGGCUAAACAUGCCCAGCUCCCUUAGCCGUUCCUCCUAAGGCAUCGUUUCCAGGCCUUUGACCAUUUUGGUUGCCCUCCUCUGGACAUGUUCCAGUUUGUCAGUGUCCUUCUUGAACUGUGGUGCCCAGAACUGGACACAGUACUCCAGGUGAGGUCUGACCAGAGAAUACAGUGGCCCUAUUACUUCCCUUGAUCUAGAUGCUAAACUCCUAUUGAUGCGGCCCAGAAUUGCAUUGGCUUUUUUAGCUGCCGCGUCACACUGUUGGCUCAUGUCAAGUUUGUGGUCAACCAAGUCCCCCGUCUUGUAUUUGUGCCUCUCAUUUUUUUUUGCCCAAGUGCAAUACUUUACAUUUCUCCCUGUUAAAAUUCAUCUUGUUUGUUUUUGCCCAGUUCUCUAAUCUGUCAAGGUCGUUUUGAAGUGUGAUCCUUUUAGCAAUAAUGCAGCGUGCUCUGAGAAUACUAUUGUAUUGUGGAACCAUCUUAUUAAAUUCAGGGGUUCCUCGCUGGCAAGGAAGGUGGACCCUGUACCCAUGCCCUUUAUUUCUAGGGAUAAUAAUUCCUAUUUAUUUUUUCUAUACCUUGUAAACCUCAUGUGUUUUCCUAGUCCCUUUUCUACCACCUUUCUGCCCCUUGGUCUUUAUUUACCUGCUGCACAUUCCUGUCGAUCCCAGGGGAUUAACAUCUGCCACUUGGGGAAAUCUUGGCCUAGAUCCACCAGUGCAAUGGCAAGCCCCAGAGGGAGGCCUGAGCAGAUGAUUAUAGCGCACACGGCCAGCCAAAUUCAUAUGAGCGUAGAGGGUUCCUCCAGAUUAUUCACCUUGGAUGCUUGAUCUGACUGCCAGCAAAUCACUGCCUCUGUUUCUUCCCUGGACCACAGUCCAGCGUGCUCAGGUUGAAGCAACCCAGCUGCAACAGAAGCUUUUGGAGCAGGAGCUGGCCAACCUGGAGCAAAUGAUGGAGGAUAAGAAGCGACAUAAUGAGGAAGGCAUCCAGCGGCUGAAGGAGGAGUGGGAGGAAGAGAUGAAGAAGAUGAAAGAGGAGGCUGAAAGGAGAAAGAGGGAUUUCCGCAAGGUAAUGAGAGGAAUGCAUGGCACUGUAUUUACAUUUACAUUGUCACUGUUGUUUUAAUUUCAUUUUUGUAUUGCUCCCUUGUAUUCAUGGAUGCAUAUUUGUACUUAUCUUCACACUGAUUUGAAGCAACUUUGUGUCCUUCCAAAAAGAGACUCCUGGGGGGCUGGAGGGACAUUGCUGGAACACCUCUUGGGUUGGGGCAGUUGGCUAAAAUGUUUUAAACGAUUCCAAUUUUGGUUUCUCUGUUUUGUUUUUGUCGGGUUGAUGUUGGUUAAAUGUUUUGUUGGGAUUGGCGGUUAUUUUAAUUUGGGUAUAACUGUAAACUGUUUAUUAUUGUUAUUAUUAUUAUUAUUAUUAUUGAUUUAUUGGUUUGUUUGUUGCCCAUGUAGGAUAUUUUGUUUUUUAAUAUUUGAUGCUUCGUUGUGUUUUUAUAUAUGUUGUAAGCCACCCAGAGUGGCUGAGGAAACCCAGCAAGAUGGGUGGGAUAUAAAAUUUAUAAUAAAAAUAAUCAUCAUCAUCAUCUCCAGCUAGGAUAAAGUGUUUUCAGGGAGCCCCUCUCCAGCAUGCUGGGAAAUGCAUGUUUAUUUUGUAACCAAAGGCAACGUGGGCCUUGUGACCCAAGACAGGCCUGAUUCCACCGUGAGUUUGUAUCUGUUGCCCUCACUCAUCUGUUUUCUUAGUUGAACAAUGACUGUGUGCUCCUUGUCUCUCUAGGGGCUGCUAAGACAGAGGUUUUUGCUGAUGGCCAUGGAAACAGAAGUGGAGCUCCUAAGUCUCAAGGUAUAAAGGAACAAUACCUCAGAGCUUAUGCUUACUACAGAAGCUGUCCACAGUGGAGUUUUGAGGACCAAAUAAAGAGGCCUGGAAGUCAGGACAUAACCGCAAGGCUGGACAAUUGGAAACUUCAAACUAGUGCAGGUUAUGGCAGCCUGCUUGUUGACUGGCACGAGCUGUUGAAUACCACAUUGCCUGUUUUGAACCAUCUGCACUGCGUGAAGUAUCAUUUCUGCAAUCACUUCGAAGUGCUGAUUAUUACUUUUGAAAGGUGAUCAGCCUGGUUUCCUCAAGGAAUGUCUCCUCCCAUAUGAGCCUCCCUCAUAGAAAGAACUUACAACAAUGGCUUGGUCCAGCUUCUGUCUAAUGAGGAAGUCAUAAGAGGAACUGCUUUCCAAGAAAUGGUUCUACUGUCACAGUCUUCCUGCUGGCUAAAUAAGAAAAGAAAAGCAAUAACCCUGUUUAUUUCAGCUGGCCUGUGCUGUUUUGUGUUUCUUUCUCUUAUUGUCCAGCUUCAAUGGGGCACUGUGUUGUUGUUGUUGUUGUUGUUGUUGUAUUUUAAAUCUGUAAACCACUGUGAUAUAGUUUAUGAACAGAUAUAUGUAAAUUUCAAAUAAAAUAAAUGUGCAGUCCUGAGUGUGUCUAUUCUGAAGUCGUAUUAAUUUCAGCAGAGUUACUCUCAAGUAAGUAUGCAUAGGACAGGCUGCAUUCUUACACCAUAUAUCAUAACACUGAAUUCAUACCAUGGUUGGCUAGGGGAGCAUUCACACAAUACAUAUAUAUAUCAUUAUGUGUUAGUUUACCUUGUUGAAAAUGCAGAUUUCUGUUUAAACAUAGCUCUUCUCUUGAUAGGAACACCUGGGAAUUUCCUUUUAGUUUUUAUCAUGUUUAUGUCCCCUCUUUUCAUGCAUUGACGGAUGUUUUAAAUACAUCGCUGUAGUACUUGUCAUACUGCCACUAGUUGUCACUAUAGUACUCCCCGCACAGCUAACAGCGACUGCAGCAGCAAUUUGUGAGGAAGGGGAAGGAGACAUUUUUUGGGGAAGGAAACCCAUCAUUCUUUAAAUCCCUGUGGUUCCAGUUUGAUGGGACCAGACAAACUAGAACAACAGGCCCAGUUUACUGAGAACUUCUUUUUUUUAUUAUUAUUAAUUGCAUUUUCAAAAACAGGAAUAGAGAGCAUAUUUAACCCCCUCCCUCUGUCCCACUUACAACUUGUACCAAACACAGCAUGUAUACUAAUACCAAAUGCCUUCCCUUCCACGCUUUUCCUGGUUUGUUUGCUUUUCUACUACUCUGCGUAAUCCACAUCAUUUUUAAUUAUCCAAUUUGUUAUCUAUUAAAAACUCUUUAUCUCUGCUGGAUUUAGUUCACUGAGAACUUCUUGAGUGCAGCGGGCUAGCAAAUGGAGAAGCAUUCAUGGCUGCUUUGAUUUCUAAUGUGCACAAGAAAUUUCACAACCUUAAACAUGACAAAAUUAAGAGCUAAGAAACAGAGAAUUAGAGAGAGACUGGGUUGCUUUGGGUUUGUUUUUAUUUUCCCCACAUCUUCCAAUUUGGGCAGUAGGAUUAUCCUGUUGGUUCUAAUGGGCCUCCUGUUUCUUGAGAAGGCAGUUAGCAAUCUGUGCAAACCUGUGAACAUUUACCAUCUCCUAACAAGCUUGCUGGGACACGGGUGGCACUGUGGGUUAAACCACAGAGCCUAGGACUUGCUGAUCAGAAGGUCGAUGGUUCAAAUCCCCAUGACGGGGUGAGCUCCCGUUGCUCAGUCCCUGCUCCUGCCAACCUAGCAGUUCAAAAACACGUCAAAGUGCAAGUAGAUAAACAGGUACCGCUCCGGCAGGAAGGUAAACGGCGUUUCCGUGCACUGCUCUGGUUCGCCAGAAGCGGCUUAGUCAUGCUGGCCACGUGACCCGGAAGCUGUACGCCAGCUCCCUCGGGCAAUAAAAGCGAGAUGAGCACCGCAACCCCAGAGUCGGUCAUGACUAGACUUAAUGGUCAGGGGUCCCUUUACCUUUACCAAACUUAAAACCAUGGAGAUGCCUGGUCUGAAUAGAGACAUUGGAUUCUUAUCUCAUUAUACAUCUCACCCCUUGCUUUUUCCUGUAAGACCAAUUGCAGUCGUUAACAGUCGUCAACAGGUUUACAACACCUAUCGGCCAAUCACCCAUUCCCACCACCCUUCUGAGUAAUACCCCUCCCCACCCUCUCAUUAUAUAUAAGGGUCUGGUGACUUCUGUUUCAGUGUACUGUAUCUGAAGAAGUGUGCACGCACACGAAAGCUCAUACCAAUAACAAACUUAGCCGGUCUCUACGGUGCUACUGUUGCCUUUGUCCAUGGAGUUUGUCCAUGCGAAAGGCUGGGCUGGAUGAAUCCCAAGCCGGAAUUAAGAUAGACGGAAGAAAAAUCAACAACCUCAGAUAUGCAGAUGACACAACCUUGAUGGCAGAAAGUGAGGAGGAAUUAAAUAACUUUUUAAUGAAGGUGAAAGAGGAGAGCGCAAAAUAUGGUCUGAAGCUCAACAUCAAAAAAAUGAAGAUCAUGGCCACUGGGCCCAUCACCUCCUGGCAAAUAGAAGGGGAAGAAAUGGAGGCAGUGAGAGAUUUUACUUUCUUGGGCUCCAUGAUCACUGCAGAUGGUGAAAGCAGUCACGAAAUUAAAAGACACCUGCUCCUUGGGAGAAAGGCUAUGGCAAACCUAAACAGCAUCUUAAAAAGCAGAGACAUCACCCUGCCAACAAAGGUCCGUAUAAUUAAAGCCAUGGUUUUCCCAGUAGUGAUGUAUGGAAGUGAGAGCUGGACCAUAAAGAAGGCUGAUCGCCGAAGAAUUGAUGCUUUUGAAUUAUGGUGCUGGAGGAGACUCUUGAGAGUCCCAUGGACUGCAAGAAGAUCAAACGCAUCCAUUCUUAAGGAAAUUAGCCCUGAGUGCUCACUGGAAGGACAGAUCGUGAAGCUGAGGCUCCAGUACUUUGGCCACCUCAUGAGAAGAGAAGACUCCCUGGAAAAGACCCUGAUGUUGGGGAAAAUGGAGGGCACAAGGAGAAGGGGACGACAGAGGACGAGAUGGUUGGACAGUGUUCUCGAAGCUACCAGCAUGAGUCUGACCAAACUGCGGGAGGCAGUGGAAGACAGGAGUGCCUGGCGUGCUCUGGUCCAUGGGGUCACGAAGGGUCGGACACGACUGAACGACUAAACAACAACAAAGCCACUUCUGGCCUGCCCAGGAGGUGGGGUUGCGGGCUUCACGCCCACCCCCACGUGAGCGGGGGGUGGUUUCAGCCCCUGCGAGAACAGGGGCCGCGUGGCCUGCCCUAUUUAGGGCCGGCGCAGAGGGGGCUCGCCCUCUUUUCGCCGGCUAGCCCCCACGUUUUGGUUAGGUUUGUAUUUGGGGGGUUAGAAGUGGUUUUCUUCUUGCUUACCUUGUUCCUUUAGGUGAAUCUUUUGCAGGUUUUGAACAGCGUUUGGACCUUUUUCCUGGGUGCCUUCCGCGACUGGGCUGACCAUUGGUAAGAAGGGGUUAAGAGGAUGUGUGUGGGGGGGGAGGAACGCCAUCACCUCCCCCCCCCCAGCGAAGGGUGGUCCAUUAAAGGACUGGGGGGGGCGUGGCCCUGUCCGAAGCCUAUGGAGGUGUGGGCCAAAGGCUCGCCCCGAGCGGUGACCCAGGGGAGCUCCUAGCUCAGCAGGAUGCCUCAGCAGGAGACUCCCCCAUAUAGUGUUAACCCUUCCCCGUGUCUCCAGCAAAUGGGCUGGAGCCGGAUAGUCGAUAGGACCAAUGCCUAAGCCAAUGCCUCUCAUUCCUGAAUUCAAUAAAGUUGUGGCCUAAUUCGCCCAUUUAACCUUAAACUACGGUGUCUCGUGUCUUUAUUUAUCCUGGUGGGGGGCGGGAACUCGACACGCAACACGGUGCUACUGGAAGGAUUCCCACCCACCCCCAUUGCUUAAUUCCACCUGCCUUUCUAUUUGCUCGUUUCCCAGAAUCGCGCUCCUUUCAGAGAAAGAGGGGCGGAGGCCGGGCACUUUCGCUUUCGGUCCUCGCAUAUUUUGAAGCGUCGCCAGGGCAAUAAAGGAGGCUGAUUGGUCGCGACGACCUCCCAUUUCCUGGAAGGGCAGCUGGGGCGCUACAAGAGCUUUCGAGCCACAGAAGCGUCUCGCAAUUCCUGAGUUCUUGCUCUUACCCUGAAGGCGAGGCUUGAGCUUCUCCUGCUGUCUCCGCUGGGAACUCCGAGCAAGGCUCUCUCCCUCUUCCUGCCGGCCUGCCAGCUCGUCUGCAAGAGAGAACCCGCAACAAUCGAGUCCGGUCCAGACCCAUCCUCCCGAGGCCCGUCCCUGCAAAAAGAAAACAACACCAAAAAGUAAGAAACGGCAACUUCGCGAUGUCGCUGUUGUUGUUAACCCCUAGCGCUCCUUUCUUUUUGCAAGGUAAACACGGCGCGGGAAUCUUAGCCAGGAGCAAAAGCAGCCGAGGGAGUGUAGGAACCAAUUCCGAGGGGGUCUUUGCGCCCCCCAUAAAAUAUUUGACCCCCCCCACCCCAAGUUGAUAGGCAUUGUCACUCAAAUGGGGUGCGUGCACCGUGUCAUGUGAUCGAUUAUGCGGGGCGGAGCUUACCGGGGCCGCCCCAAUAUUUUAUUCAAGUUUUGGCACACCUGCGAGGAAGGGAAUCCUAGCAGCGGGGAGGGGGCUGGCAAGGAAAGGGUUAAUCAAACACGCAAGUCCCGUGUCGUCGUCGUCCCCCCCCCCCCGCACUGACCUUUGCAGUGGAGACUUUUGCUUUCGUGGCUGCAGCGUGCAGCUAGAACUUUUGCUUCAAAAGAUGCCGAUAGUAGAAAUAAUACAUGGCGCUUGCAACAGAGGCAUGGGAGGGGCGGAAAUUAAAAUGUCAGCACACCAUUCAAUGGGGAGGGGGGCAGUUCUGCCGGCUUCGCAUCAGUUGCGAUAAAAUGAAAGCCAUAGGUGUGGUGCUGGGAGGCGAAUGGUGACAGCAGGGACAAAGUCUAUUUCCAGGUCUGCAUGAAAGAAAAAUGACAGCUUCUAGGACAGACUUGUCACAACUAUCCUGAGAAUGUCCAACUGGGUAACUUUCAGGUGCCAGAAAAUAUCUAGGAUCCCAGGGAGGCGAAGCUGAAUCGUGAUUUGUGCCCUUCCUGAACUCUUUUUCCAGUCAAGUUUCACUCAUUCACAUGCUCACUGGCAGAGAGAAACUUGAAUUGAAUUGGACUACAACUCCCAUCAUCCCUAGCUAGCAGGAGCAGUGGUCAGGGAUGAUGGGAACUGUAGUCCCAAAACAGCUGGAGACCCAAGUUUGGGAAACACUGACGCACUAAUAGGCAGAGACACACUUAGUUUCCAUUGUGUUGUGAGCUUCUCUGUUUUCCUUUUGCAGACCCAUCAUCUUUUGCACGAUGGCCCCAGGGCAGGUCCACAUGUCGGCUCCUGUUUGCCUAAUUGAGAACAUGCCAGAUGGGAAGCUUGUGGUGAACCGGGAGGCUGCAGAGGUGCUUGCCAGGAUCCGCCAGCCAGUGGUGGUGGUGGCCAUUGCGGGGUUGUACCGCACUGGCAAGUCCUAUCUCAUGAACAGGCUUGCCGGCAAGAGAAAAGGUGACUGGCUUCAUGAAUAUUCCCCGUUACUCAAGGGAAGGCCUGGAGUCUAGUAGCUUCGCAUGAGGAGUAAGGCAGUGGUGUCUGGUGUGUCUGGAAUGGGGUAUCAGAGCCCCUGUGUUUUCUGCCUAGCCUGGGAAGAAGCAUGGAGGAAGAGGUGUAAAUUAAUAUUUAUACAGAACCAGAGGGGAGAUAGGACUUUGAGGCAGAGGUUUGGGGUCCCCACUCAGCAGAAUUCACAGGAGGAUCCGGAAAUACGGCAGGUUAUUUUUUAUUAUAUAUAUAUCCCGAGUUUCCUCCAAGGAGCUCCAGGUGGUAUUCAGUUUUCCCCAUAUACAUUUUAUGCUCACAGCAACCCUGUGAGGUAGGUUCAGCUGAGAGACAGCAACUAGGGUAGGCAACAUAAGGCCCGUGGGCCAGAUGCGGCCCAAUCGCCUUCUCAAUCCGGCCCUCAGACAGUCCUGGAAUCAGAAUGAGUAGAAUGUGUCCUUUUAUUUAAAAUGCAUCUCUGGGUUAUUUGUGGGACAUAGGAAUUCGUUCAUUUCCCGCCCCCCUUCAAAAUAUAGUCUGGCCCACCACAUGGUCUGAGGGACGGUGGACCGGCCCACAGCUGAAAAAGGUUGCUGACCCCUGAAUGAGCCCAAGGUCUCCCUGUGUGGAUUCCAAGUCUGGUCUUCCUCAUCCUAGUUUCAAGUUCAAUGUGCACGACACUUUACAGCUUACAUAGGUUCUUCUUUGUUAUGUGCACUUAAGUUUUCAUUCACUAAGGGGACAGGUGCUAGGGGUUUAAACCAGAAAGAGUUCAUCAUCUGAUCCCUCUUUACGCGGAAGUCAGGUCACAUCUGCACCAUAAACCUAAAGCCUGGGAACUGUAGUUUACUACUUGCUGAGCUACUAUUCCCAGCACCCAAGCAAAAUGCAGUUCCCAUGAUUCUUGGGGGGUGAGUGUGCUUUAAAGCUAUGAUGGGGCUGUGACAAAUGUUUCAUUGAGUUCAGUGGGGUUUCCCAGUGCCCUGCGCCUUAAGCCAUGGCACCUGUUGUUUUCUCUCUCUGAAUCAUUGCCCGCUCUUUCCUCAGGUUUCUGUUUGGGUGCCACAGUGCAGGGGCUUACAAAGGGCAUCUGGAUGUGGUGUCUCCCUCACCCUCACAAGCCUGACCUCACGCUGCUGUUGCUGGACACAGAAGGGUUGGGUGAUGUGCAGAAGGUGAGCUGGGAGCUAGGAUUACUGCAGAAGACUAGCCCUUUCAAAAGAGCCUUGUGACAAAAUAUGCUGACCUGGUGUUAAGAAUACCACAACACACACGUAACUGGCUGUAAAGUAACAUAACAUUAUAUAAUAACAUUACAGUGGUACCUCAGGUUACAUACGCUUCAGGUUACAUAAGCUUCAGGUUACAGACUCCGCUAACCCAGAAAUAGUGCUUCAGGUUAAGAACUUUGCUUCAGAAUGAGAACAGAAAUCGGGCUCCGGCGGCACGGCAGCAGCAGGAGGCCCCAUUAGCUAAAGUGGUGCUUCAGGUUAAAAACAGUUUCAGGUUAAGUACGGACCUACGGAACGAAUUAAGUACUUAACCCGAGGUACUACUGUAUAUAUAAUUGUCAUAUCAAAAAAUUGCAAAGCACAGUUCCUGGUGGCAAUAACAUAUCAUAUUACUAUUAACCUUCUAUAUGUUUUUAUUGUCGUAACGUCCAAGGAUAGUCAAGUCCAAAGAUUGUCAAGUCCAACGAUUACAACGUACAGUUCCUGUGGGCAACGACAUUUCAUACUGAUAUCUUCCUUCUGCAUCAUCCUAUGUCUUAAGAGUGUAACAAACAGAACUACUUAGUAACAAUAAGGCAGCUGAUGAUAGACCAGUUGUCAGGAUACACCCUUGUUUCACCCAUUGGGCUUCUUCAGCGACAAGGUUUCCAGGCGGUUUUUUCCAGCCGAAAUAGUCCACAGGAACGCAGAAGUUGCCAGUCAGAGACAAGUGUGUGUUGUGGUAUUCUGAACAUGAUUUACGUAAUGAAGCAACUGUGGUGUGUGUUGACCUGGUGUUAAUGGCAAUGGUGUCUACCAGAGGUGGCAGAACUGAGUUCUGGCUGAACCCCCCCCCCCCGGUGGUAACUGAUAUUUAUAUUUCUGUUUCAGGGAAACACACAGAACGACUCGUGGAUCUUUGCCCUGGCCAUUCUGCUCAGCAGUACCCUGGUGUACAACAGCAUAGGCACCAUUGACCAAAAUGCGCUGGAGAAUCUGCAGUAUCCUUUGGGGGCAUCAGAAAUCCCAGCUGGACUUGUGUGCUUGGCCUGGAGGAUCUAGGAGGAGGCAGUUGAAGGUUGUCCCCCUAGGAGUUUCGCUCCAUGGGAGACAGAUCUCUUGAUGCAGAAGCAGGUGGGAUGAACUCUCCUGGUCUGAGACUCCAUGAUGCUUAGAGUGGUCUGAUGAUGCUGAGGAAGUAUGGGGUGGUGCAGGAGGAAACACAGAGGGGAGGCUCUUCGGAAGGUGGGCGAGGAGCUCAUUGGGACACGUUGUGAGGGGGGUGGAUCAGUGAUUACAGCUGCAAAUUGGGAACCAGGACUAGCCGCCUGAAAAACAGUUUCUACGCUAAUGCAAUUCUGGUUCUAAACGCAGCAUAAGGGGUUUCUGUAGUAUAGUGUGUUUUAAAAUGGGGUUUUAGAGUUUUUAGGGGUUUUGGAAUGUUUUAUGUAGUUUUGUAGUAGUUUUAUGUAGUUUUGUAGUAGUUUUAUGUAGUUUUGUGGUAGUUUUAUGUAGUUUUUAUGUAAUUUUAUGUAGUUUUCAAUUUCAUUGUUCCGCAAGGGACAAUGACAAUAAAGAUAUCGUAUCGUAUUGUACCGUAACCUCCACAGAUAUAUUUUACAGAUAGAUAAGGGGGUGGGGGUGCAGGCAGGAACUCCAGAAGGCAUAAAAUUAGGAAUUGGCCUUAAGGUGUGAAAAUGAGAGAUGUCAGCCCCUUGCCACAAAACCCUGCCUAAAUUACAAUUGCAAUACAGUCGUACCUUGGUUGCUGAAUGCCUUGGAACUCGUGCAUUUCUGUUCCCGAGCGAUCGAAAACUGGAAGUGAGUGUUCCGGUUUUUGAAUGAUUUUCGGAAGCCGAACGUCUGGCACGGCUUCCGAUUGGCUGCCAGAGCUUCCUGCAGCCAAUCAGAAGCUGCACUUUGGUUUCCGACCGUUUUGGAAGUUGAACAGCCCUCCAGAACAGAUUCCGUUCCACUUCCAAGGUAUGACUAUAUGUGGUCUUUCUGUACUAUAAAUCUCUCUGCUCAAAAGCCGUAUCAUCAUUUCUGGCCAGCCCACAACUGCAGGUUCAAACAGGCCCCAAACCAGCCCUGGAACUGUUUUCCUUAGCACUCCCCAGCUAUGUCACUGAGCUGACAAAAAAGAUUAAAGCAAAAGCUUCCUCUGGGGAAGAUGCAGAGGAGGAGAACUCUGCCGAAUUUGUCCGUUUCUUCCCAGACUUCAUCUGGGCAGUGCGGGAUUUCACACUACAGCUGGAGAUAGAUGGACACUCCGUCACUGAGGACGGGUACCUGGAGAAUGCCUUGAGACUGCAGAAAGGUACAGUAACUGCAAGAAAGAAAAUGCAGUGUCUGAGAUGGGGAGAGGACACUGCUAGUUUAGAGGUGCACAACUGAUCUAAGUCAAAAAGGCCUAAUAUUCAAGUGGGUGAAUUUAUCCAGUCACAUAGCCACUGAGGGCUAAAGAGGUUUAACUGAUUUCCCCUGUGCUACAUGGAGCAAGACAGAGAUACAUCCCACCGGGUCCUGAGGCACAUAUCUCUGGCUGCAGACUGCAUUAGUAAUAACUCUUCAAGCUAAUCCUCAGUUGUGUUCCCAGGGAGGUUUACAAACGCCCUACAACAAUUACAAUGCCAAUACCCAAACUGUAAAAGCUAAAAGCCACAAAAUUGUGAAAACCCUCAUACCACCAGGUUAGUUGCUUGUACAGUUGGACUGGGCUCCCUGAAACUCCUAUGACAUAGGAGUCUUACCCGCUAAUCUCAAAUAUACACAUGUGAGCUGUAAGUGCGCUAUGAAGAGGGAAAUACAUAUACAGUGGUACCUCAUGUUACAGACGCUUCAGGUUAUAGACUCCACUAACCCAGAAAUAGUACCUCAGGUUAAGAACUUUGCUUCAGGAUGAGAACAGAAAUCGUGCUCCAGUGGCAGCGGGAGGCCCCAUUAGCUAAAUUGGUGCUUCAGGUUAAGAACAGUUUCAGGCUAAGAGUGGACCUCCGGAACGAAUUAAGUACUUAACCCGAGGUACCACUGUACUCAGAGCAAGGCCAUAACAUUGGAGUGCUGAAACAGAGAGCAAUAUCCUAACUCUGUUUACAGAGGGACCUCUGUAACCCCUGGGACCUCAGGUGACCUCAGGUGUCAGUCGAGUUGGCAUGGAUAAUUGAAUGUUUACAGGUAACCAGGUGAGUUUGCUCCACCAGGGAGAUGGUUGGCACAUUUUGUGUGGAAUUUGCCGAUAGUAACAGAUUGUCUUGUGUACUCUCACUUCUCCCCCAGGUAAUAGUGAGCAAAUCCAGAGGUGCAACAUGCCCAGGUCGUGUAUCCGCAGAUUCUUUCCUUCGCGGAAAUGUUUCACGUUUGACCGUCCAGCUAGCAGGAAAAAGUUGUCUCGGCUGGAGGAACUGGAAGAAGAUGAUUUGGAGGAAGAUUUCUUGGAACCGGUGGGCCGUUUCUGCCAACACAUCUGGGAGACAUCUCGACCCAAGACAGUCCCGGGAGGCCAAGUUGUGACAGGAAUAAGUAGGGAACAUUUUUAAAAGAUUGUAGGCUGGGGUUGGUGGGUAGGGAACCAUUCUGAGUAAAGUAAUUAGUUUUACCCAGUGCCGGUCUAAUAAUACUAAUAACUGGUCUCAAUCUGGGAACCCCAUGGAUGGGGGGCUUUUUCCUCCAGAGCAGUUUGGGGGUGUAGGAAGCUGUCAGCUUGAGGUGAAUGGUGUUACUCAGCUACCAGCCAAGAAGGGAUCAGGUGACAUCAGAAACCAAUAGUGACCCACCUGACUGUAGAAAAUGCUUUAGUUUGCCUUGCUCUGCAGUUUGAUAAUUUCUUUGUUCACGUCCAGGCUGAAUUGCAUGUAAGCUGCUCACUUGAUUGCCUGCUGAACAUCAUUUAGCUAGAAUUUAUUUUGAAAACUAUAUACACAGAAUAAAAUACAGUAACGAUUCUGUGAUGAAACCCAAAUUCUACUUUCAGAGAAAUUUGGUUGCGUCAUUUGUGCAGAAAGCAACAUUGUAUGCAUUGUUUUAAACUCUUACAUCAUUUAUUAUGCUUCUGCAGCAAGCAAGGACUUGAACCCAUGACAUUUGGCUACUAAAAGCCUGUUCACCCCUCCCCCUUUUAUUUAUUGAGAAUUAAUAGACCCAAACACUUCCAUGCCUAUUUCUGCAGAGUUAAUUCCCCAUGGUGUCGCUAAUAUAGGGGCUUUGUUCUUUGUUUUGUUGAUGUUUUAUUUCUUGUAUUCAAUAAAAUAUUGGUUCUGAGCUGGGUUCUGAGCCCAGUUGUAUUGUUUCGUACUUAUCACAGUGUGGCCCCACAGCUGCAGGAUACACACUGUGCUGACAAUGAGUUAUGGAUUGGGCUGCUUCCAGUUUUGGCAAGAACCAGAAGUAUGGAAGGCAAUAAUACAUAUGUAGCAUAGAGGUAAAGGUAAAGGGACCCCUGACCAUUAGGUCCAGUCAUGACCGACUCUGGGGUUGCGGCGCUCAUCUCGCUUUAUUGGCCGAGGGAGCCGCCGUACAGCUUCCGGGUCAUGUGGCCAGCAUGACUAAGCUGCUUCUGGCGAACCAGAGCAGCACAUGGAAACGCUGUUUACGUUCCCGCCGGAGCGGUACCUAUUUAUCUACUUGCACUCUGACGUGCUUUCAAACUGCUAGGUUGGCAGGAGCAGGGACCGAGCAAUGGGAGCUCACCCCAUCGUGGGGCUUCAAACCGCCGACCUUCUGAUCUGCAAGUUCUAGGAUCUGUGGUUUAACCCACAGCGCCACCCGCGUCCUGUAGCAUAGAGAGGUAAUAAUAAUUAGGAAUGAGAUGUGGGUGCAGGGCAGAGAAUAGUAAUCUCUGCUUUUUAAGCAUUCCCAAGUGCUUCCUUCAUAUUUCAGAUUAUUUUCUACAGGCAUGAGGGCUACAACAUUACUUUUAAAAACAUGUCUUCUCUGCCUCUUGUUUUGUGCAGAAUAUCUAUUUCUUUCCUUUUAUGAGAACAGUGGAUGAUGUGUCCCCAGUUAUAGUACAAACGUUUGAAAGAUGUUUGACUUGGGAUACAUUUCCUUGGCGUACAAAAGUUAAGUGGGAUGGGCAUCCCUGUUCUGCCAUUUCUGAUUUGGUGACUUUGCCCAAUUCUUCCCUCUUCAGUGCUUCAGAACCUGGUGAAGACCUAUGUCAAUGCUAUCAACAGUGGGGAUUUGCCCUGCUUGGAGAAUGCCGUGCUGGCCCUGGCAGAGAUCGAGAACGCAGCAGCUGUGUGUGAUGCCAUUUCCUGUUACGAAGAGCGGAUGGGGCAGCGGUUGAACCUGCCCACGGGCUCCAUCAAUGAGCUGCUGGCGGUGCACGCCGAAUGUGAGAGGGAAGCCACUGGCAUCUUCAUGGCCCGUGCCUUUGGCGAUGCGUUGGUAAAAAAAUCACAAGAGAAGCUUGAGGUAAAUCUGUUCUCUUUUUAAAAAAAAAACACCUCUGCCAGCGUGGCAUAUCAGGGAGUCUCCUCUGCCUGAAGUUGUGUUGAACUGCUGCCAGUCAGUGCAGAAAGAGUCAUAGAAUUGUACAGUUGGAAGGGGCCACGAGGGUCCUCUGCAAUACAGGAAUAUUUUUACCCAACAUGGGGCUCAACGUGGUUGCUCAACAUGAGACAGGAUUAAGAGUCUGAUGCUCUGUUGGCUGAGCUGCCCCAAGGAUAGACCAUACUGGUCUGACUCUGUACGAGGGAGCUUCCUGUGUUCCUACAUAAAUGUUAAUUGGCUGAAGGAAACAUUUAAAAGAAAAUAAGAUCUGGAAAAAAUAAAUAAAACUUAGCAGAAUACAGUGGUACCUCAGGUUACAGAUGCUUCAGGUUACAGAUGCUUCAGGUUACAGACUCCGCUAACCCAAAAAUAGUACCUCGGGUUAAGGACUUUGCUUCAGGAUGAGAACAGAAAUUGCGCGGUGGCAGCGGGAGGCCCCAUUAGCUAAAGUGGUACCUCAGGUUAAGAACAAUUUCAGGUUAAGAACGGACCUCCAGAACGAAUUAAGUUCUUAACCUGAGGUACCACUGUAAACACUUACCUAGCUUAGCUCUGAGCAUCACAGCUAGGAGGGCCUUCCAAAACUCGCACGGUUUUCUAAAAAUCUCACUUCAGAAUGGAGACAGCCUCUUGUUAUCCAAAGGCAAAAAGGAACAUAGAAAGGUGGCAUAAAGCAGGCCGGUGUAAGUUAAGCUGGUGUAAAAUUAUAUACCAAACUCCAUUCAGCCAUUGAGCUACUACUUGCCUAGCAAUCCUAAGCCUGGCAGAGGUAGAACAAACCUUUAAAAUAAGUGUUUGAACUGCACCAUCCCCUUGGCCAUCUGAGUUUUCAUUGGGUUUCCAGGUCAUAUGACUGAGCAGAAUAGACUUAAGAUUCCCCCCCCCCAGUCCUGCCCCCAUCAUGCCCCUUAAAUGCCCUCUUUUCAGGCUUUAGGCCAGCUCGAGAUGUGAGUCAUGGCUGAACCGGGAUCAGGGGGAUACUCUGGAGUAUCCCCGACUGAACCGAGCAUGAGGGAGCGAAGCCAGCAUAGCUUGCUUGUGUGGGGAACUUCCUGGCUCAGCCAGAGAUCCGCUGGAUCCUAGCCCGUUCAUCGUGGAGCAUCUUGCUGUGGGAUUGCUCGCUUAGUUACCUGUGAAAGACACAUUCUCCAGAUGAAAUGGAAGACAAACACAUAUCCCAGAAGACUGGUAGGAUUGCAAUUUGAUUGGGUACGCACUUAGUUUUUAACUUUAGGAAAGGUGGAGCCAGACAAUUUAAACUGGCCUACAUUUUAGAAAUGCAGCCGUUAUAGAUCAUUGAUGUUGUAGCCACGAUUUUUGGUGGGAGUAGGGACAGCUAAGUCAAUUGAAAUUUGUACUGUAGUUUUGAUGUGGCCUUGUUAGUAAGUCUUUCCACUGAAGAGGAAAAGCUUUUUCAUCAUUAUUAACAGAUCAUCUUUCUGCCAAUUUUUUGUCUCUUGUAGCAAGAGCUGAAGCAGAAAAAGGAAGAGUUCUGCAGGAAGAAUGAGCAGGCAUCUUUUGACCGCUGCUUUGCCGUGCUGACGGAUCUUUCCCAGGAGCUGGAAGAUGAGCUCCGGAUGGGAAUUUAUUCUGUGCCUGGUGGCUACCAGCGUUAUCUGGAGAAACGGGAUGAAAUAGAGAAGAAAUACCACUUGGUACCUGAAAAGGGAAUUCAGGUAGGGCAGGAAGACAGCAUUUCUGUGAUAUCCAAAGAAUGAGCAUUCUUAUACUGACUGAGGACAGAUCCAAACUUUAGACCUGGAGUGCAAUACUGUGAAUAUUGUCUUGGGAGAAAGCCCCACUGAAUUCAAUAGGGCUUGAUUCAAAGUGAAUUAGUUUGUUCGUCUACUUACCAAAGUGAAUAAACUCUGUUCAAUGAAAAAUAUAUUAAAUUGGUUUACAUAAAAUAGUUUAAAAGACCUUUGACUUGUAGGCUAUGUGAGAGGGAAUAGGGACCACUAUUAUCAAUUUCUCAGCGCCUCAUUAAGAUACAAUUAUUAAUUUACUAUACACCAAUUUUUGCCCACCAAUUUUUCACAAUAUAUAAUCUCGUCUGUCCCAUUAUACUGUAAAAUGAAUAACUUUUGCUCUCAAUGUGUUAUCAGGCAGACAAAGCUCUUGAAGAAUUCCUGAAGUCCAAGCAGACGGUGGCAAACUCUCUCCUUCAGAUGGACCACGCCCUGACCGACAAAGAGAAGGAAAUUGAAGGUGCAUAUCUAAGGCAAUGAGUAUAUGUUAUAAAUUAUAUGUAUUAGAAAGUAAACGUCCUGGCCUUCUCUGGCUGGGCUCUGAGUUCCCAGGGAAGGGUUACAGUUGUGGUACCUUUUUGCAGAAUGGCAUAGUGACAGAUGUAGUAUUCUCAUCUUCAGGCAAGGAGAGAACAUUGAACAGAACACAGGGUGAAGGGGAGAUGGCGGCGGGAGAUGUCAGCCCCCUCAGUAUUCAUGUUGUCUCUUUUCCUUCGCUGGCCCCCAGCCCAGCGCGCUCAGGCCGAAGCAGCCCAGCUGCAGCAGAAGCUGUUGGAGCAGGAGCAGGCCAGACUGAAGCAAAUGAUGGAGGAUGAGAAGCGAAGCAACGAUGAACAGCUCCAGCUGUUGAAGGAGAAGAUGGAGAAAGAGAAAAAGUUGAUGGAAGAGGAAACAGAAAAGAUGAUACGGCAUAAACUCAAGGUAAAGAGAGCUGAGUCAGAUGCAGACUGACCCACUGGAAGAUUCAAUAUUUAGGCCAGGGGUGGGGAGUCUGUGGUCCUCCAGAUGUGGCUGGAGCCAACUCUCACCUUUCCCAGUCAGUAUGGCCAGUGUUCAUGGACCAGAAAAAUCUGGAGGGUCCCAUUUCCCCUGCUCCUGCUUUCUUUUUAGGAUGAUGCAUAGAAGCCGAAUUCUUCCUCCAUUCAAGGCCAGAUCUGGUUCACAGAUAGCCUCUUUUACCCUUCUAAAUGUCUCAACAUAAACCAUAUAUUCCCGGAUAUGCCAUCACCCUCUUUAUACAGGCCACAUAACCCUAUGUCUUUCAAGCAAAAUCAAGAACAAAUUAUUUAAUGCUUUAAAGGUGAUUGCCGUCACCUUGAUUUGUGCCUGGAAAAAUCCCUAACUAGAGAACCUGCUUUAAAAUAGGCAUAACAUGCUCUUGCAGGCAAGAAAGCUGCUCUGUCUGGGAGCUUUUCAGUGACUCACUGUGGCUUGGUAAAACCUAGGUUCCAUAUAUUCAAUAGACGUUAGCUGGCGUUUCUACAGUACUUUUCCUGAGUGUUCAAACAACUUCUUAUACAAUUCCUUUGUUCUCUUUACAACAACCCCUUGAGGUGGGUCAGGAUCUAAUUUUGCCCAUACAGUAUAGGAUGGAAUAGUCCGCAUGGUACCCUCCAAAUGUUAGUGGCCUCCAGCUGCCAUCGGCCUCAGCCAGUGGUCAUGGAUGAUGAGAGUCCAUUAAUAUUUGUAGCGUUGACUGUGGGUCUUAUCUGUGAAGGUAUGGGUCCAGCUGGGAUUGAGAGAUAUUGGCUUGCCUGAGGACACAGAGCAGGACUGAGCUGAAUUUUGUUUGUUGCGCAUACAUAGCCAAGCUUCUGUUGCUCUUAACCACGUCAGAUUUUGCACAAAUCCCUAUAUGCUCAAAAUAAAAAAGCAGGUCUAGUUUGGAGACAGUUGGUUUUAUGGGAGGCCAUUUGGCAACACAGUGGGAAAUGCAUUGGUUGGCUAUGAAAACGCAACUGCCACACAAAGUGGUCCAGGUCUGGCCUGAUCCCAUCCCUGUUCAUAGAUGCUGACCCAUUUCUUAUCCAUCCGUCAACUAAACUGUCUCUGUGUGCUUCUCAACUUCCCAGGAACAAGAGGAACUGCUGAAGGAAGGAUUUCAGCAGAGGGCCAAUGAGAUGGAAAGUGAAAUCCAACGUCUCAAAGAAGAAAGUAGUAACUCCAAGCUGGCCCUUGUGAUGUCUUUUGUAGAAAAAUUGUUGUCAACUGCUGCAGCUGUGGGAACACAGGCUCUGCAGUACAGGAUGCAGAGUAACAUGCUUUCCAGUGCUCUAAAUCAACAAAAGAGUGAAAGUGCACCACAGAGUGUAAAAAGCACACCAAGGAGUAAAAACCCACCCAAGAAUGUAAGGAGCACACCAAAGAAAAAGUAG